CAAAGCUUUUGUUUUUCUCAAUUUCUCUCCCCUUCAAACGAAAACAGCAAUGUUCCCUCAGCAUUAGCCCUAAUCACUGUUUUCUCUCUUUCUCCAAGAGAAAAACAACACCGACAUCAUUGCUUCAUUUAUACACACUACUCAAAAGAUAAUACCGUCGGAAAUUGUUGCUGCCGAUCUGUUUCUCCGGUGACCCUACUCCAACGCCGGUGAACAUUCUCAAAAUACAAACAGAAAAACGAAGAAAUCUGAGACUCAAAAAGAAAAAAUGAAAAGGCAGGAAACACUUCUCACUGUGUCUGAACAGAAGAAAAAAUCCGAACAAGACAAUGAAGAAGGAAACGACGUCAUCCAGCUCGUGGUGAUUCCACCGCCGUGCCGGUCGUCUCGAGCACCGCCAGGGUCACGGCGCGUGACGUUCACUGACUCCAGUUAGAUUUCAUAAAAAGAAACCAAGCAAGAAGCUAAAGAAGAAGAAGAAGAAUGAGUGAAGAGGAACUAGGUACUUUCUCAACGAUGGAUCCUUGGGAUAUGAUAGAUCUUUUGGAUACGAUAGAUCCUUUUGAUAUGAUAGACCUCUAUGCGGACAUGAGUAAUAAUCAAUCACCUCAGCCACAGCCGGAUAGAAGGAAUAUGGUAGAGCAGUGUGCCAUUGACGUGGGUGGCAAUCAACCACCUCAGCUACAGCCUCCGCCUCACUCUCAGCCCAAGUCCCAGCCCAAGACGCAGCCGGAUGUAAGGGAGAUUACAGUAGCUCAGUUUUUCGUUGACACUUGUGGUUAUCAACCACAUCAGUCUCACCCUCAGUUUGAUAUGGUUGUUGCUGAGUGUUUGCCGGAAGCUCAGCCUCAGGCUCAGUCCCACCCUCAUCCUCAGCAGUUUCAGCAGUUUCUUGCUGACGUGUGUGGUUAUCAACCACCUGAGUCUCAGCCUCAGUCUCAGCCUCAGCCUCAGCCUCGGCCUCAGCAGUUUCUCACUGACAUGUGUGGUUAUCAACCACCUUGGUCUCAGCCUCAGCCUCAGUCCCACCCUCAUCCUCAGCAGUUUCAGCAGUUUCUUGCUGACGUGUGUGGUUAUCAACCACCUGAGUCUCAGCUUCAGCUCCAACCUAUGCAACCUCAGAUCUGGACUUGGGAGGAGAACAAAGCCUUUGAGUCAGUUAUUGCCAAUUGUUUUCAUUAUACUAAACACGACCGCUGGGAGCUGAUCGCUGCUCGUCUCCCUGGAAAGACCCCGGCGCAACUGCAAGAAUGCUUCAAGAAGCUGAUGAAGGACAUCAAUGUCAUCCAUAACGGUUAUACUGCAAACACUCCUCUGAAUGCUGCAUCUGAGAACAUGACUAUGACAAUGGCUGCUCCUGCCACCACAUUGGAACACAACCCUGUCUCCAUUCCCAUCAUCAAUGCAACAACCACCCCACCACCACCGCCUUAUAACACUGAUCAUCAACAUCACAGGGCGGAGGUAGUCGUGGCCGCAGCGGAGAAGGCAGCACCAAUGGAGGCAGCAACAAGGGAACAAAACCAAUCUGCCAACCCCAACAAUACAAAGAAAUUUUCUCGUUGGACUGAAGAUGAGCAUAGGUAUUCAUUAUUAUUAUAUUGCUUCUUUUUUUCUCUUAUUUAUUUAUUUAUUUGUUUAUUUAUUAUCUAGUUGAAUAUUAGUGUUUACACAAAAGAAGAAAGUGAAGCAACUAGUAUUAGCAUAUCACUUUUUAAUUUGAAUAUGGAAGCAAAAGUGGUGUUGCACUCGGAGCCAUGUGGUCCGAAUUCUCCAUCAGUAACGGACAGUCCGAAUUGUGUUUGAUAUUCUAUUUCAUACAAAAAUUGACAACAACAAAUAACUCGGAGGGUCCGUUUUCUAGCUUCCGAAAUUCUUUGCCCAACCACAAGUCGGACCAUGUGAUUUUUUAAGCAAAAUUUUAAAAUCAAACAACUCGCAUAGUCCGAUUUGUGUACUUUGAAUUUUUUUUAACUUUUUAAACACAAAUCGGACUCCCACAAUUUUAAAAAACACCAAAAAUUACUAUGUUAAAGUAUAUCACUCAUUUGCUUCCAUAUCAAAAUUUUUUAGCUAUUAGCAUGUAGUAGCACUUCUCUUGUUUUAGAUAUAUCUCUACUUUGUUGUCUACAAUAUAUAAGUCUAACAUUCCUCUUUUGUAAGGCCGACUCUGCUUCACUUCAUUGCUUUCUUCUUAAUCCAAGCUUUCAUAUGUACUUAUGCAUUAAUAACUAGCAAUUUGAAAGAGCUCUAAAGUAAUUGCAAAUGAGGCAUAGUUUUGUUGAUUGCUAAAUUCGUUUUGUUUUGACAAUGGUUGAGUGGUUGACAUAAUAACAUUUUUGGUUGGACUGAAAACCAAAAAAAAAAUGUUACUAAUUAAAAUAGUUUAUGUUUUUGUUUAAAAUUUUUUAGUGUAAAAUUUGUUAAUAUUUAUUUUAAAAAUCAUGUUUUGGUAGAUUAUUUGUUAGACGGUACCAAGCAGAAGGUACAAAUUGGUCAAAAUUU